GCAGAGCGGUAUAACAGAGUAGAGUGUGUGUUAGCGGUGAAGAGUGUGUGUGUGCAUCCAGAGCAGCGAUAGCAGUAAAAACGAAGAGAGAGAGAGACAGAUAACCAGAUAGAAAGGGAGAGAGAGAGACAUCCAGAGGCAGGACUGAGCAGACUGAAAGAAAGCAACACUCCUCACCACCACAGUUGGAUAGACUGAGAGAUGCUGACAGUCUAACAGAAGCUCCUCACAUUUCGUCUACAUCCUAGCCACAGAAGACCACAGCUGUUACAGGCUGACAUAUACCAGAAGAAACGUCUAGACGUCCCGUACACUUUACCGACAUCCUUACGGCAGCACGAAAGUCCCUUCUCUCCGACCACUUGGCUGUUCAUGGAGACCCCCAGCUGGGCAGAAACCAAGCCAGGAAGUGGUCUGUGCAAACCAGGAACCAUUGCUCUGUUUGGUAACGUGGUGUACAGCGGACUGCUCAACGAGCACUUCUGGCACUUCGGGGUUCCCCUUGUCACCAGACUGGGUAACCAAGAGGCUCCAGCUCCCCCUGAAGCCAUGGCCCAACCCUUCCCACAGGCCCAGUACCCCCCUCCUCCACAGAAUGGGAUCCCAGCUGAGUAUGCCACGCCCCACACCCACCCACCGGCAGAAUACACAGGACCAAGCACGGUGGCCGAGCACACCCUGACACUCUACACGCCUACACACACACAGAGCGAACAGCCGGGAAAUGACAGCAACACCCCCACUCUCACAGCCAACACAGUAACCCAGGCAGAGGAGGUUGCACAGACGGAGGGCUCCCAGCAGCUCCACCUGCAGUCCAGCGAUUCGUUGGAAAAGCAGCAGCCAAAGAGGUUACAUGUCUCCAACAUCCCUUUCCGUUUCCGAGACCCUGACCUCCGGCAAAUGUUUGGGCAAUUUGGCAAGAUUUUAGACGUGGAGAUUAUUUUUAAUGAGCGAGGCUCCAAGGGCUUUGGGUUUGUAACAUUUGAAACGAGUGCAGAUGCUGACCAUGCACGGGAGAAACUAAAUGGUACAAUCGUAGAGGGACGCAAAAUAGAGGUCAACAAUGCCACAGCCAGAGUAAUGACAAACAAAAAGGUGGCAAACCCUUAUACAAAUGGCUGGAAGCUGAAUCCAGUGGUUGGAGCGGUAUAUGGCCCUGAAUUUUAUGCAGUGACAGGGUUUCCAUACCCCAGUACAGGAGCAGCUGUGGCCUAUAGAGGGGGCCAUUUGAGAGGGAGGGGACGCGCCGUCUACAACACAUUCCGUGCUGCACCUCCUCCUCCACCCAUCCCUGCCUAUGGAGCUGUGGUCUACCAGGAUGGCUUUUAUGGAGCAGAAAUAUAUGGAGGGUAUGCAGCUUACAGAUAUGCCCAGCCAGCUGGUACUGCUGCAGCUGCAUACAGUGACAGUUAUGGCAGAGUCUAUGCAACAGCAGACCCAUAUCACCAUACGAUUGGUCCUGCAGCCACAUACAGUGUGGGCACUAUGUAAAUAAAAGAAAUACUUGAGGGAUGAGUACAGAUGGACAUCAAAAAAAGAGAAGAACAACAUGGACACCGAAGGACACUUAAAAAAGAUUAACAAAAAACAAGAGCCGAUUUGUAAAGGAGCCCUUCUAUCAAGAAUUACAGGGAUCUGAAAGGAGGUCGAGGGAUGUAUGUGGGCCUGCUCUGAGGCCAGGGACUGAACCAUUAAGCCUGUAGUUCUGGCAAAGGGGAGCCUCCGGGCUCUGACCCCUGAAAAACAAGCCUUGCUAAGUGGAAGAGACCAAUUUGAGAAGUCACCAUAUAACAUUUUAUUUUUGUAAACAUUUUUUUAAGUUUAUGAUUUCCAAAAAGAGCAAACACUAAUAUACGUAUAUACAUAUUAUAUAUUAUAUGUGUGUAAUAUAAUAAGUUUGUUAAAAAAAAAAUAUAUAUUGUGUCUUUGCAAUUUAGAAGAGGGAGUUGAGAAGAUGCUAGCUUUCUCCCUGUCUUCUGAGUAUCUCCCACCACACCCCACCCCCCUCACUCUUGGUGUGUGUGUGUGUGUGUGUGUUUGGUUGUUUAGGGGUGGGGGGUGGGGGGGUAGGUGAUCCAGCAGACAUGUCACUAUGUAAUUGUUAAGGGAAUAUGGACUCGCCUUCAGAUAAUAAAAUGCUUUUUGAGCCUGUCUUCCACUAAUGGACUUCAGUAGUGUAGUUGUUUGGCUAGUUUUGUCAAGCAAUCUGCAUUUUGAAGAUUCCAAAAAAUAAGAAUGAUGAAUAAGUAUCCCUACAAUGGUCUGUGCAAAUUGUUAUGAGAAAGGAUAUACAUGCAGUGAUCAUUUGAUGACACACAAGCUGAAGUCCACAGUGAGGGCUAAAAUUUGUCUCAGUAGUAUGUCAUGUCUGCUGGAGGUCUGACUGUCCCUUACAUCACUACCAAACAUGUAGAUGUGGUGUUGUGGUUUGAGUUGGCUGUGCUGUGUAGUAAACUGCUUUUGUACAUUGUGUUAGGUAGGUUAGGGAAGGAUACGGGUGGGUGGGUUGAACAAGCAGUCUGAGGGAGGGUAAAAAUAAGAAAUAUGGGAGCUGUCUACAUUAAAGCCUCAUAGGAAAGUCGCCCAUUCAUCCUUAAACACAGACUUCCACCGCCGUGAGGGAUGGUGGGAUGAGAGAGGGGGAAAAAAGCCCUAUAUGAAGUCAAAAAAAGUGUCACGAACAAACAAAGUUUUACUAAGAGUCUCUUUAAACCUUUCUAUUUAUAUGGAUCUCUACUUUAGUAACAUCCUUCUAUAUUUAAACGUUGUAUUAAUAUCAUGCUGUCAGGCAUGGUCGGAGAGUCAGUUGUAGCCAUUUACUAAUGUUGUAUUUAUUGUGUUACCAGUAAGGGGUAAAAAACAUUUAUAUAUGAAUAUAGAUAUAUCUCUUUGUUAUCUGCAACUCUUGGAAAUAAGUUUGCCUUUGAUUGUCAAAUUUCAUGCAGGAUUCAAUGCACUGUCGAUGUAUGAUGAGGUUUCUACCUGUGAUGUUCAUUUGGUUUUAUUUCCCUUUCAGUUCACCUACUGAAUGUAUCUUCAAAAAUUCUCAAACCUUGUAGGUAGAUGUUGCUUAAAAAAGCAUACAGUACUCUGUAAAUUAUAUACACAUGUAAAUUAUAUAACAAAAUGUUUCUGAUAAUAUGCUGGACUUCUUCUGCAGACCCAGAUAGACUAUAUCGCCCUGGCCAAAAAAAAGAAAAAAAGAGUGAGGGGAAAAAAUGAUGAGGGAAGCAUUUAAAAGGAACACUAAUACAUUGCAGCCAGUGGGAGAGACAGAAAUGUGUGAUCAUUACAGGAUCAGUUAGAAUUUUUAUCAGACAGGCUUUUCAAAUUUCAUAAGAACAAGGAUACAGGGAGUGCCCCGUCCUGUGUGAGAGAGAAAGACAGAGGGAGGAGGAAAAGAAAAAAAGAUUUUUUUUAAAUAUAGAUUUUUCUCCCAGUUUUUUUCUGCUUGUCUGUUCUCUCUCCCUUUGUCUUUCUCCCCUGAAUCUCAACAUUAUAAAGGUGCUGGGGGCGAGUGCUAUGUGGGGGGAGGAGGAAAAGGAGGAGGAAAAAUAGGGUGGUAUGGAAGGGAGUGGGUACAGUCUCCUCUGAGGUACAUGGGGUGGACAAAUUAAAAGAAACUUCCAGUAGUAAAUCAUAAUAUUGACAUCAUAUACUGAAGAAAAGUUGUUUAACUUUAUCUGUCUGUUGGUAAGCUUCACUGCAGCUUACUGGGUUAAGAUCAUCUUAACCAACAUGUCUUAACACUUUAGAAGUGUGUUUACACAUUUAUUUUGAUUCAGAAGGGGAUUCAAACUACUACUAUUAUUAUUAUUAAGAAUACUUUAAGAAUGAACAUGAAAUAAUAGGAAAAACAUACGUUUUGUUAUAAUUCACUUUAGGGUACCUGGGUAGCUCACCUGGUAGAGUGCGUACCCUUAUAAAGAGGUUUACUCCUCAACACUGCGGGUUCGACUCCAACCUGCGGCCCUUUGCUGCAUGUCAUUCCCCCUCUCUCUCCCCUCAUGUCUUCAGCUGUCCUUUAAAUAAAGGCCUAAAAUGCCCACAAAAUAAUCUUUAACAAAUAAUUAAUGACUUUAAUGAAUAUGUAUCAAAUUCUAUCAGCCCUUAGUGUGUACUUCACAUGGACCAGGAACAGUUGCAAGAGCCAUGUAAGACAUCACAUGAGUUGUUCUGACCCCAAUCAGUUUAAUGAUUAAUGAAAUUAUUGAUUUCUUAGAUGUCAAACAGAAAACAAUGUACUCAUCUCAGGGUUUUAUUGGUCAGGAAAAGAAGUGAUCCAGCCAAAAAACAUGUAUACAUGAAUGUAGCUCAGUGUAGCUAAAUGAAAGCAGCACAAGCUGCUGCUGAACAUGGCUGUAAAAACAGCUGCCUUUUAUGACAGCUCUUUUUUUUAACCAAUCAAACAUUUUUAGGUGUACUAUGCGUUAUUUAAAAUUACAUAUCAAUAAAAAAAUGUAAUUCAUCCUUUUUUGACAAAAUGCUCUGAUGUCUUUUAAAUCUGACAAAUUACUUACUGAAUUGUGCCGUUGACAGUUGUGAUUAAGUUAUUCUGAUGUUAAAGAAUCUUUUUUAGUUAAUAUUUCCAUUAGUUUGUCCACCUCGUGUAGAGUGCAGUGUGAAAGUGAAGUGACAUUCUGCAAGGCUUGAAUUUAAAAACAUCUAAUUCACAGGGAGAAUGUUCAAUCUUCCUCCUCUUUUUCGUCCUCAUCCAGUUCAGCUUCCCAAAUGAGCAAAGACUGCUUCUGUGUGAAAGAUCCAGUGAUACCUCCCAUGUUGCUGCAUUUAUUUCUCUCUCGGUCAUUCAAAGUGCAUGUGGCACAGUGGACAGGAUGAUGGGCUCAAACAGUAGGCCUACAUGACUGUUCUCUAAAUGGAUGUCUCAAAGCUACUAAAUGAUUGUGUGUGGGUGUGUGACUUUUUAAUGCCCGUCCGCCACCAUCCCACAGAAAUCCACUGCAAGGCUGUUUAACUGGGAUAACACACCUGCAGUGGGACUGAGAAGGAUUGCAGAAGACAGAAGAAAGACUGGGACUUUAAUGUAAAACAUACAAAAAGACCUAAUGAAAAACAACUAACGAUGUCAAACUUAGCAGAGAUCCAGGUAUCAUCUGAUCUCUGCAUGUUCUUCUGAUUCUGAUGUUUUCUGUUCUUUCCGUUGUUGGUAAAGACUUUUGUCCUGUUUACAUGUACUGUAAAUGCUGUCCAUCCAGUACUGGUUGGAGAGAUUAAAAAAGAAAAGGUGUGAAGCAGCUUUCAUUCUAGCUCUGGUAUUCUCUACGGCUGAUUACUGUCAUCCUAAGAAAACCCUUCUGUUCAAGCAGGCAUGUCCUUGAUCACUUAGUCCUUCCAUCUCUGUUCCCUCCAGGAAACCUUGCCUUUAGGUACCCAUACCAUAGCAAAACCCUUUCAUCCUGCACAACAUUACACAUACUAUAAGAAAAGUACUUGGGCUUUCUACCAAAAUCCAUGUGGGUCUUUCCCAACUUCCCUAUUCCUGUGAUUAUUGUGUAUACCUCAGAUCCAAGCCCUAAAGCAGCUAUUAUUCUUUGACACCCCCCCCCCC